CACACCAUAACAAAAAAAACCACCCCCUCACUUUCUCUUUAUCCCACAUACAAACCAAACUCAUCUCAAACAAAAUCCAAACCUUCACAAACCAUGACCAUGGACCGAUCAUCUUCACAAAGCAGCUCAAAAUCCUCAGACUCACCCUCUCGAGACUUCAAAGUCCUAUCCAUAGAAUGCUACAAAGGCAGCUCAAAAUCCGACGAAUGGACCGGAGACAUGCUUCAAACCGGUGACAUAGUCGAAGAACUUCGUGUUGGUGGUUCAGCUAACUCACUUAUAAGGUUCAAAGCACCUUUCAAGAAUGGUAAAAGUGGUGUAAAUAAGAUUCUUCAAGAAGCUUAUAAGAAGAAAGAUACUUCUAUACUUGUAAGAGUACGUAGAGGAGUUGAUGAGUUUGCUGAAUUGCAAGGUUGUAUUGUUCCUAAUGAAAAUAAGAAGAGUUAUGUUCUUAGAGAUAUCGUUGAUCCUAAUUAUCUUGUUGGGUUUUUGGAUCGAACUGAAGCUGAGUGCUUUCAACUCCAAGCUUCAAGGAGCAGUAGGAUGGUAAAUGAGUUAACAAAAACCCGAAUACAGGACGGAUUUGUGUCGUAUCCAUGGGAGAGAAGGAUGCAGGAGUUGCUAUCAGUUCCAAAUUCUAGCAACUUUCUUUCCAUAUUACUUCUUCCCAAAGCUUCAGAUAGAGUUGCUUCUCGCUACAAUGACGUGGAAGACACACUAGCCCGAGCAAACGCAUGGCUUAAUGCAGCGCAAGCUUCUGGGGUCCCUAUUGUCUUUAUGAACAUUCAAACUGAGUCCUUACUCACAAAGAUAUCUGGAGAGACGGCUUCUUCCACGGUAAAUGCAGGAUCAUUAUCCGACUUAUGCAACAUUGCAAAUGCAAGCCUUUAUGGUUUCGAAGAUUAUCACGGAGUAGACAUUGGUGUCGUUAGAGCAAUUCGACUAUGGUAUGCUCCAAUGGGAGGAGAGUUCUCAAUAGAGAUCAAACUUAGAGAGGAAGAUACAAAGCUCGGCUUUGCCAUUAGUCGUACAGAAGAGGGUUUUAUAUUCAUCUCAUCAUCGGUAAUCGACGAAGGUAAAGAAAGUUUACCAGCUACACGUUCAGGGCUAAGCAAUCUAUACAAACUAGCAACAGAAACUUCAAGGUUAUUGGUAGUUUCAAGGCUUUCAAAUCAAAGAGUUCUUCCAUGGAUGGUUUCAUCAACCGGAGCAAUUCGUUGUUACGACACUGUUUCAUUAAGCCAGAAACUCUCCUUACAUCGACACACUAAAGUUCCUAUUCUCCUACAUGUCUUCCUUUGGGACCGAACAAUGGCGACUUCAAGUGCAGAAAGUACAAAAUCAAAACCCUUGUCUUCAUCUGUGUUGCCAUCACCACCUCAAAUUCAAUUGGCACACCGUCCUAAUGAGAAUCAAAUACAGCCAUUAUCAUGUGAAGGAUCUGAUCCAAGUGAUAUCAAUAUCAGUGAUAGUUCUCAGCCGACGCAUCUUGAGAGAGGCGCCGUUGGGGAUGUCUCAUUCAGAUUCCAGGAUUUCUCAUUGUCCUCCACCAACUGGAUAUGAAUAAGUAUGGUUUUAAACUGCAGCCCUGGAUACGCUGCAAACCUUUAUAUUGUGGUAAAAUAGGAGAAUGCGGUCCAAAUAAAAUCUGAUUAAUAAUAGUAUAUAACAUCAUUUAACAGGCCACUUCGCACAAAUGAGACAAAUAUUGCAUCGUGCACAAGCUAUAGUUUUCACCUUGAAUCAAUAAACUCCAUCGUUAAAUUAAAUUAAAUAAAAUAAUAUAUAAUUUAUUGAUACAAUGGUGAAAAAGACAGUUAUGCAUGAUGUAAGACCAUUUCGCUUGUGCAUAUUAGAUAAAGUCCAUUUAACAUGUAACAUAUAUAUCAUGCAUGUUCUUUUUGUUCACCUUGUUUGUACAUACAUGAUAUACUGUAUUGCUUUGAUCUUGAGGCUUUUAAUUUGCGAGGUUUAGAGUUUGUUGUGUUUCAUAAUUAA